AUCUACUGUUGGUCCGAUUUUCCUCUCGGUCCGAUUGCACUCUUGAGUUCGACUUCUGAAUCGUACCGGGAUCCCUCUUAUCAUUUCUUUACUUAAUGUAUAUUAAUCUUUCAUUUGUGACGGCUGAGAAAAAGUAUUCAUUGCAUGACACCGGGAUGGGGCUGGCUAUGGGAUGGAGUUAUCUUUCUUUCUUUCUUUCUUUAUUUUCAUUUCCUUUGUUUUAUAUCAUUGACCAUCAUGGGAUACCCGGAACACCAAUCCAACUCCACUUCAUCACCUUGAGCAAGUUCCAACUUCGAAUUUCCAAGUAUAGUUCAUUCCAUAAAAUCCCCAAGAUAAAUGUGUCGAGUCCUGGACAGGUGAAACCCAGCAAACCUAGUAGCAAGUACAACACAGGUUUGGACCCACACGGGCCUCUCCAUCCGAGGUCCAGAACCCAGCCACGAACGUCACAAGUGGAUCAGUUUGUCUGACAGCUGUAAGACUGCUGUCUGGGCAAAGUCCGCUUUUUUCAUUCAUCCUUUUUUUCUCUCUUUCUUUCUCUCUUUCUUUCUUUCUUUUUUCUCUCAUGUAUACCUCUCUUUUCCCAUGUACGCCUGUGCAUGUCCAUGUAGGUAGAAACAGGUGAGUGGAUAAGCAUAGAUCCAAAUCCAGAUAGUCAUGAACCGGCGA